UUUAAUCGGUAAUAUCUUAUGGGCUAUCCUAAUGUAAGAGGGUAUUUUUAGCUUUUGUUUGAUUUCAACAUGGAUUGUAAUAACAGCACGAGUCUAAAUGACGAGGGGGAAGUUCCAGCAAAAGCUGUUAGGAAGGUUAAGAGCUUCGAGUCGAACGAGGCCUGUUUUCGAAGUGGUCCAACAUAAUGGAUAAUAGUACUCCUUAUUGAAGCCUCUCCGUCUGUCAUACCUCAAGAAUAAGAAUGAAUACCAAAACGUCCGUUAUCCUCAUUUUCGCCGCGGCCUUGGUAACCACGAUCUCUUCAGCCAGCGGAGGUUUAGAAGAGGACAUGCCCUACAAAAGCCUUCUUCGUGAGCUAUGGAGGAAAGAAAGUGACAUGAAGGAAACUUUUGAUGAGGCCACUAGCAUUAAGUCGAAGAGAACCGAAGACUGCGACUUAAUCAAUCAACCUUGCUCUGUUGCAGUGGAUUGUGAGAUUUCCACCUGCGAAGGCCAACCCCUUCAAUGUUAUUAUGGUGAAUGCGGAAGACAAGAAAGCUAUUGGUACAAGCGAUAAUUAAGGCUUGUUGCUGGAUCAUUUGUUCAGUUAUUGGUUACAGUUGUCUUGUAGUAAAUGUUAAACUUUGCCUCCUUUGAUUUUCAAGUAAACGAUGAAUGCACAGCAAAA